AUGGCGACCGCGUCUGCACCUACCACCCUCAAGGGGGCCGUGGGAUCGUACAAGGACAUCCAGACUGUGAGUUUCUCCAAGGAAAACGAAUUGAAAGGCAACGAGAGGUUUGCGGCGGCAAGCUUCCCACACUAUCUCCCCGUCUGGGAUAAUGAGAAAGGUGAACUAUAUCCGCCUUUGGAACCUUUUGAGCAUUACGAGCAUGGAAAGGAUGCCGACCCUUCGUUCAAGAACCUUUUGAAGGCCGGCAGCCACCUUGAGAACGUCACGGCGUCGAUUGGUGCCGAAGUGACUGGUGUUCAGCUCUCCCAGCUCGACGACAAAGGCAAAGAUGAACUGGCUCUGUUGGUCGCUCAGAGGAAAGUCGUCGCUUUCCGAGACCAGGACUUUGCUUCUCUCCCUAUCGAAAAGGCCUUGGAAUUUGGACGUGGUGCUCCAGAGGGCUAUCCUGAAGUCCACCUUGUCCACCGUGGUGCUGAUGACAAGUCCUUCCUCGACUUCCUCACGAGCCGGACCAACUCGAUCGCAUGGCACAGCGAUGUGACCUAUGAACACCAGCCGCCUGGGACCACAUUCUUGUAUGCCCUGGACGUCCCCGACGCGGGUGGCGACACUCUGUUCUGCAACAUGGUCAAGGCAUAUGAACGACUCUCUCCAGCUUUCCAGGAACGCCUGGCGGGUCUGCAGGCUGUCCAUUCUGGCUAUGAACAGGCCACUGCGGCCAAAAACCGGGGCAGCAUCUACCGCCGUGCACCAGUCUCUUCCAUCCACCCCCUCGUGCGAACCCAUCCGGCGACUGGCGAGAAGGCUCUGUAUGUGAACCCUCAAUUCACCAGAUACAUUGUCGGAUUCAAGCAGGAAGAGAGCGAUUACCUCCUAAAGUUCUUGUAUGACCAUAUCGCCCUGAGCCAGGAUAUUCAGUGCCGUGUCAGAUGGAGGCCAGGCACCGUGGUUGUUUGGGACAAUCGUGUCACGACGCACUCUGCUCUGAUCGACUGGCAGGAUGGUCAACGACGACACAUUGCACGCAUCACGCCGCAAGCAGAGCGCCCAUAUGAAUAG